UUUUAGGCGUACUUGCAUUAAGACGUAUUGCUGGUGUUAAUGUUUUUAAUUAUAAUCAAUUAAAAUCUAUAAAUGAAAAUAAAUCAAUUUUACAAACAAAUAUUGAACUUGCUCAACAUCAAAUUAUUCGUGCUCGGUAA